AUCGAACAUCGAGGUCCUCAAACAUCAUGUCAUCAUCAGGUGUCGGAAGUACUCCAGCUUAUCUGCUUCCUCUCCAUUGGCAGUAGCGACGCAAUUCCGUUCGUCCAGGUAUCUGCAGUCUACUGCCGCGGUAACAGCGGUGACAUGCAGGUGACAGUCGGCGGGGUCCUGAGUAUACCAUGGCUCAUACAUCUUUCCCGAGCGAUCUGCCUGUUCCUCAGGAUGAUGGUGCACUCACACCUGACCGGUUUCAAGAUCCCGUCUGUCUCCUUGUCGUCCACGUCAGGCGACCAAGUGGACGUGUCGAAGCUCUCAGGACUCGCCGUCAUUUUCUGUUACCCACCGGUUAAGUCCCGCGUGCAUCUCCCGUACGAGCUAUUAUCGGACGCAGAUCUGAAAUUCACGAAAGCACUGAAACUGUCAACCUUCGAGUGGCAAGGCAAGAAGCUUAUCAAAAGGCUUGCACUUGCUGUUGAGGACGGCCAGAUUACCAAGGUCUGGUAUCCGGUCUUCCCUCCAAAUGCGAAUGCAAAGGAGGUGGUCGCGUGGCUAGCAACGAAGAACUAG